UAUCUUAGCGUCGGCAGAUGGGAAAGGUGUAGAUCCCAUGUCUUCUAGCGAAGAGGAGAACCAGGAAAAGACACCCCAGCAGAUCUCCACAGUUCAGGUCUGGCUACAUUACACCAGAGGUAUUGCUUAUCUCAGCAGUGAUGAUACUGAGAGUGAAGAUGAGGAGAUAUUCGAGGAGCUUCAGCAGCUAAGACAGAAACAUAUGUCUGAAGUUCAGGUGUUACAAGCACUGCAGAAGAAAGAGAUUGAAGAGCUGUAUUGUAGGAUGGGAAAAGUGCCUCCCCCAGGUAUUGUGUCUCCAGCAGCCAUGCUGUCCAGUCGACAGAGGCGUCUAUCAAAGGGAAGCUUCAACCCAUCGAGGAGGAACAGCCUACAGAGAUUAGAGCUUCUACCAGCUGCUGGAAUUAGGAAGAACUCACUUGGGGGAAGCAGUACAGGCUCACAGGAACAAUAUUCUAAUAAAGCAGUCACAUUCACAGGAGAUGUCACAAGAAUGUAAUGCCAUCUAUAAGAAACUCUUGAAUAUAAAUAUUGGGCUACCUCAGCGGUUGUUGUUCUACCAAGUAACGUCUUCUAUGGUUCAGACUUGUUGAACAAGAUAUAUAUUGACGGAUAUGGGAGAAUCAGCUGAAAGCCAGUGCAUUCAUCCUGCAGAAGAAAGAUUAGUCUUCUAGCUUGGUGGAUCCUAUAUUCAAAAUAAAUAAUUGAAACCAUGUCUGUCAUAGUAAUGGCUAGU